AUGUCAACACCAUCCAGUGGCCGCCCUACCCAGGGUGGCCAUAUUCAAGACCUGCACAAUUUGCUGCAAGGUAUGACACUGUCAGAUUCAUCAUUUGAUACCGUGACUUGGAGCCGCAAGACCACGGAAGAGUCCAUCAGCCUGUCGAGAUCAUCGUUCACGCCGUCCACGUCCACCAGCACUCGUUCCGUUCCGAAGAACAAAGCACCCAUUCCCCCUUCCACUUCAGCUCGCUCUACUGCUACACCAUCCCACCCUCAUCCUCAAGCUUCAUCGAUGGUUGUGCAGACACCCCGCCAAGUCACGGCCUCCAUUCCGAUUCCUAGUGCCAUCCGUCCUCCACGAGCCGAUCAGACACCCGAAGGAUUCUGGGUGAUAACGGUUGGGCAGGAAGUUGGGUGUGUUUUACCGCUGCGGGCAUUAGCAGCAUAUACAGCCCGCUAUGAUGAAGGCAGGGUCCGGGCGGUUCCACUGGCAGGUGGCCCUUUCUGGCCAUCCCCUCCAGAGUCCUCGCCCAACCCUCCUUCACCUACAUUGUCUAUGGGCUCAUCUGCGAGUGAAGACUCACUAUGGUUGCAGGUCGAAGACUUGACGGAGACAAUGAGCCAGCUUUAA